CAACGUUUGUGAGAAGAAAGAAACAUUACUUGCGACCAAAAACUACAAAUUCUUGAAACUAUUAGGAGUGAUACUUGAUACCAUGGGCUUACUAGAUCAUCUCUGGGACGAUACCGUCGCUGGUCCUAGGCCAGAGAACGGCCUUGGCAAGCUCCGGAGACACCAUACCUUCAGUUUCCGGGCUAGCUCCGGCAAUGAUCAAUCGGACGGUGGUAGCGUGAGAUCGUACGGUGGAGAUUCGCCGGAAGAGGCCGUGAAAGUAACACGCAGCAUCAUGAUAAUAAAACCACCAGGAUACCAAGGCGGUUCAGCUCCGGUUUCACCGGCCGGUUCAACUCCGCCAGUGUCUCCUUUCUCUGCAAACGCAGGAGGAAAGGAACCCUUUCGGUUUAGGAGAAGGUCGACGUCGGACGCGUUCGAUAAGGGAGCAGAAUCAGAGAAUGGACCAAGGAACUCUCCUCCUACUUACGGCCUGUGAUCUCUAGCUCAAAUCUCAAUAGGGAGAGAGAAGAAACUGAGUAACCCCCAAAAACGCUUUCGAUCAAGUGGUCCUUGCAUGCAGAGUUCGUGUUGCUUCCGUUUGUAGGCCAAAGAGGUUCUCUCUUUUGUUUGCGUGUAUGAGUAUGUUUUGUUUGUUUGUGGUUACGUCUCUGUUUUUCUUUUUGUAUGUCAUCUCGUUUUGGGAAUGCGUCUACGUGUCUGUACAUAUUUUGCUGCAAUGAUAAUAAAAAUGUGUAGAUGCUUAACAUCA